AUGGCCUUUACUUCAUACUGUCGAUUAUGUGCGAAAUUUAUACCAGAAAUUGAUUUAAUUGAUAUACUUGGUAAUCGAAACGGCUUAGAAACAAAAAUUAAACAAUGUUUUCAAUUAGAACUCAAUAACAAUGAUAAUGUUUCACCGAAACAAGCAUGUAUAUUAUGUGCGUCGAAAGUGCAUUCAUUUCAUGAUUUUCUAAUACAAGUACAAAAAUCUCAAUUAGUAUUUAAAACAAAUUUUGUUGAAACAAAAGUGGAAGUUAAUGACGAUUUGGAUGAUUUUAAAUUUGAUUUACAUAAUACAAACUCAUCGGAUAAAUUUUCAGAUUAUGAUGAUAAUGAUGGAGGAAAUGAAUCUGAUGAGGAUUAUGAACCGGAGGACGAUGUUAAAAUUGAAAUUAGACAAUCUAGAAAGGCUGGUCCAAAAUUUAAAAAGGAAAAAGACGAUUUUACAAAUCAAAUAGAAACAGAAGAAGAUAUUGAAGAAAUGAAAAGUGCAUUUUAUCAAAAAGUGAGUGAAAUCGCUGUAAAAAGUUUCAAUCAUUUAAUAUCGGAUGAAAUGUACGCACGUUUAAUACGUGAAGUUGAAGAGAGCGAAGCGAAACCAACAAAAAUGCCCGGUGAUUUACGUCGAUUAAAUCGUUUUGAAGUAUUAAUUACCGAUGAUAAUCGUAAAAAAUUAAUUGUACGCCGUGAAAAUUCAACGGAUCAAGUUAAAUAUUUUGUACCAAAAACAGAAAUGUUUGAUUUAAUACGUGACGCACAUUUACAAUUAAAUCAUGGUGGUCGUUGUCGUAUCGAGAGUUUAUUACGUUCCAAAUAUAAAAAUUUAUCACGUGACUUGAUUAUGUUAUAUUUGAAUUUGUGUACAGUGUGUAAAUAUCGGAAAAAAUCAAUCAGCGAACGUGUUCAAUUCAAAGAAGAGAAACCAGUUGUGUCUAAGCCACCUGUACCGAAAUUAAAAUGUCAUGAAUGUAAUCAAAUGUUUUAUACAUCAAACGAAAUUACGGAUCAUUUUGAAAGUGUUCAUCAGAAACCAGUGGAAUUCAUUUGUUUGGAAUGUUCGAAAAUUUAUAACAAUUAUAUAACAUAUCGUAAUCAUCUAUUGAGUCACAAAAAUAGAUUUCGAUUUAGAUGUGAAGAAUGCGAUAAAUUCUUUUCAUCAAAUCGAAAAUUACAAGAUCAUAAACAACGUCACACCCAAGAUCGUAAAAAGUUUUUUUGUAGUGUUUGUGGGAAAGGAUUUUUAGAUAAAAAUUAUCUAACAAAACAUGAGAAACGAAUUCAUUUAGUUGGAGAUAUUACACCGGAUACAUUAAAAUCACACGAAUGUGAUGUGUGCCAUAAAUCAUUUACUUCCGUUUCUAAUUUAAACACACAUAAAAAAGUUCACACAGGUAUUCGAGAUCAUACAUGUGAACAUUGUGGCAAAAGUUUCUUCUAUAAAAAAUGUUUGGAUCAUCAUAUUACAUCACAUAGUGAAGAGAGACCUUUUACAUGUGACUUAUGUCCUGCACGUUUCAAGACGAAAAUGUUAUUACGUCAACAUACAUUUGUACAUACAGGAAUUAAACCAUUCCAGUGUCACGUAUGCGGAAAGAAAUUUCGACGAAAACCAGCCUUACUUGAACAUUCGAUAACGCACACAAAUUUGUAUCCAUUUAAAUGUGAAAUUUGUGAAAAACGUUUUCGUUCAAAGAAAAAUUGUGUUUGGCAUCAACGUUUACACACAGGAGAGAAACCGUACUCUUGUGAGAUGUGCAAUCGACAUUUUACAUGCUCAUCGUACUACGAUAAACAUAUGAAACGUAAUCAUGGCGUUAUCAAAGUAAAAAAAGAAUUUGGUAAUUGUUAAAAUAUCAAAAAUUCUUUUCUAACUUUAAAAUAUUUUGUAUCGAAUAUCAAAAUGAAUAAAAUAGAGAAGAAUGAACUUAACCGGGUUCAUUAAUCUACAUAGAUGGCCAGGUGCUGGAGAUCUGUCUGGAGGAAGACGUUAAUGUUAUUGGUUGUCAGCAUAACCAAAGUAAAAUAUGUGAAAUGGUAAUCAUGGAUCUCAUUGAUCUUAUAUAAGAUCAAAAAGAAAUAAAAAUCCCCAGGUCGUUACACUAUCAUGUAGCUCGGUUGGAACUGCCAAGAAGGCAGUUGAAAAAAAUAGUGAGUAUUUUGAUUGAACAUUUUCGGUAAAAUUUCCAGAGCUAAUUCGAUUCAGGACAAUUUCCUCAAUUUUUCACUGUAAGUGCUGCACCUCUAUGAGGGUACAUUUCAAUUUAAAAUUUUACUAGAUUUUUUUUAUAAGUUGUUAAUUUCAAAAAAUGUGUUUUAAUUUCCGUUGUAUUUAAUAUAGUUCCUUAA